AUGCUAAGCUACGAGUGGGACGAAGGCGAGCCGCUGUCGGCACGUGGAGAUGACUCUACCGGACAACUCACCGAGCGAAGAAACCACACUCUCCUGAGGCCCAUCUACAUCAACGCUGUUGAAGUCGGCUACGCCUAUACGCAGUGUGACAAAGACAAGCGUCUGAACGUGCGCGGAGUAACGAUAGCUCUUUGGUACUUCAUAUCCAAAGGCCAUCAGACUGUAGCAAUGCUACCAUACUGCUUCAAAACAUAUCCGGACAAGUCAUCUUCCUGGCCUGAGCUGAUGGCUCUUUUUAAAAUGAAUCUUAUCGAAUUCACUCCUGGAUAUGGCAGCGAAAAGUACACGGAAGUAAAUCGAAUUUUGGCUAAUCGCGCGGCAGACACCGGAGGUUGUAUCGUUGCACGAUCGCAGAUGCAUAAUAUCAUAGAAGAAAGGCCAACAUUGGACAGGACCGUAGAGAAAAGACUUCUCAUGCCAUCCUUCAACCACAACGACAUCAUCUUUCCUGUAGACGGACCCCUUGGGAGAUGUGGUCCAUCACUUCGGUCUACUCUGGAGUGUCCCCUAUCUGAUCCUGAUUGGCCGCGAUGUUCGGCGCAACAAAUGGUAUUGAGAGAUCAGCGGCAUUGGCUUACCAGACUAUGUGCGCUCGUGCCCGACCAAGUGGCGUGGCGCACUCUUUUGCAUGCAGUGAUGACAUUCAAACCCUCAAUGCCUCUUCCACCUGUAAAGCUACCGCCAAGAUGUCUAACUCAUGCUCAUAGAAGGGUUUAUCCUCCCGAAACAAAUCCCAUUGAUGGAAAAGGUUACAGCUAUGCAAGAGGCCUAACGAGAAGAUAUAGUUAUGAACCUAGUGAUGCUGUUUCGGGCCUCAAUCGUGGAACAGAAUGGCGGUCGCCGCGACCCACCGCUCUUGGAGGACGCCGUUUUGUUAGAGAAGUGCACAGACGUUAUGAGACAGAUCACGCACCGAGCACAUACCGUCAGCACGAAUCCCGAAUUCUCGGAUCCGGUGACAGCGACAAGCGCUUGGACGAAUUUCUGCCUGAGUAUUUGCGACCACCGAAAGAUCCCUUCGAAGAAGAGCCUCGAUUUGCCGACUCAGCGACAUUGCCGAACUACUUGGGAAACCCAAAUUCUAUUUAUCGCCUUCGCCCUCACAAAAGCGGUUCAUUUGGCAGCUCAGAAAAUUCAACGGGAUCAAGUUCGUCGUCUAACCGUUACAAUGGGUACUUCAAAAGUUCUGCUACCUCUACAGAAAAGGCUACGGACACUGAAAAGACUAGAACUGCAGAAGAAAAGAUAAUCAAAUCAAAGACCACUUCUGAUGAGCAAACACUAGACCCACUAAACCCGGUAUACUCAACGGAAUACGUUGGAUACUCUGCUACUUCAGAUUGGCCAGCUGAGGUGGAAUUAACGAAUGAAGAAAAAUGUGCAAUAAAAUUGUCACAAAUUUUUGGUUGGAGAAAGGCUGUUCGUGUCGUCAAAAAUCACCCACGCGUACGUAUCGUGAGUCGUUUGGUUGAUUUUGCACUUGUGGAAGCAGAUGAGGAUGAUGACGAUAAACCUGGAGAAGAUGUGAUAAGCUACACAGAUCUUGUCAAUAUGCUAAAGGGUUCUAAUUCACCCGUACCCAGCCCUUUGGAGGCCGACCAGGGAAACCUAAUCGACUUUUCGGAAGAUGUUUUAAUCUCUACAGCUAGCCCAUCAACACUCAACACAAACAUGGCCGAAACCACUACCCCUCAACCAUUGUCACUUCUAGAUAUGUAGACCUGUUCAACUGUUUACAAUUAAUGGUUAAGCACUACGCCACCACUCUUGUACCUUACAUCUCUAAGAGCGCAUUGAUCGCUGAGAUAGACAGAUAUGUCAUGUUUCUGUUUGAGCUAAUUUAUUGAUUGACGUGCAAACUCAGACGUGUCCCCGAUUUUUUUGAUUUCUGAAUUUUAAUGAAAUCCUGUAGAUGAUCUGAAUGUGGUUGAGGCUAGUGUAACAUCCUUCUGUACUAAAUAUGUGUUGACAACGGAGUUGUUGCUUACGAUUGUUAUCACAUGGAUAAUAAACAUAGUUAGUUUCGUGUA